AGAUGAGAAGCCAUGAAGGUUCUAUAUUCCACCACUUCUCCAAAGCAGCGUCCCAAAACCUCAACAAAAUCGCAGUCAUACACGCCUCCGGUGACCGCCGUCGUACCCGCACCUCCGUCACCGUCCAACCCCUCUACGACGGCGACCGCUCCUUCACGUACGCAGAGUUAAUCUCCGCCGUCGAUUCCCUCACUUCGCAGCUCCGUCGCAAUAACCUUAAUUCAGCUUCAUCAGAGCUCCGACCGAGAAUUCUCGGUAUAUAUAUGCCGCCGUCGGUGGAAUACAUAGUCUCCGUGCUCUCGGUUUUGAGGUGCGGCGAGGCGUUUCUGCCUCUGGACCCGUCCUGGCCAAAACAGAGGCUGCUCUCCGUCGUUGCUUCGGCCAAUGUCGACCUAAUUAUCACCUGCACGACGCCGUUUGGUUACGAAUUGGACUCCAAUUGGCUGGAAAAGAAUUCCAAUCGUAGCUUUCUGUGGUUUUCCAUGGGUGGUGGAGAGUCUGUGACAGUGAGUGAUGGAGGAGAGUGUAAGAGUGAGAAAGAGAGGCUGUUCUGUUAUGUAAUGUACACUUCGGGCUCGACGGGGAAGCCGAAAGGUGUCUGUGGAACUGAACAAGGUCUUUGGAAUCGGUUUCGGUGGAUGCAAGAAUUGCAUCCAUUGAAUGGAGAGGAGGUUUUGUUGUUCAAGACAGCAAUAAGCUUUGUUGAUCACUUGCAAGAAUUUCUUAGUGCUAUUCUUACUGGUUCUACUUUGGUCAUACCUCCUUUCAAUCAGCUUAAACAGAAUGUGUUCUCCAUUCUCGAUUUUCUACAGGCUUAUUCUAUCAAUAGACUUACUGCUGUUCCAUCACUGAUGAGAGUAAUCCUUCCAGCUUUGCAAGGUCGAGACUAUCGGCUUCUAAGUUCACUGAAUUUGUUAGUGCUAAGCGGUGAAAUUUUGCCUUUAUCCUUGUGGGAUAUGCUGUCAAAGAGAUUACCAAGGACCUCUAUUUUGAAUCUGUAUGGGAGUACGGAGGUGUCAGGUGAUUGUACAUAUUUUGACUGCAAGAGGUUGCCAAUGAUUUUGGAGACAGAGACGCUAACAAGUGUUCCAAUUGGUAUACCUAUAGCUGGUUGUGAUGUUGUGCUUGUUAGUGAUGAUGAUGUACUCAAUGAAGGAGAAAUUUUUGUUGCUGGUCUCUGCAAUGCUUCUGGAUACUAUUCUGAUUCUACAUUUACUCCUUUGAACACCGUAAAAUUACCUCCAGAUUCUGUUUGUUCCGGUUCUGUAAAUGGACACGAAAGUCAAUCAUAUUUUCAAACUGGUGAUUUUGCCAAACAACUUCAUAGCAGUGACUUGGUUUUCUUGGGAAGGAAGGACCGCACUAUUAAGCUCAAUGGGCAGCGUAUUGCUUUAGAAGAAAUUGAACAUACAUUGGUGGGACAUCCAGAUGUAACUGAUGCUGCUGUUGUUUUUCAUAAAGGUCAAGGGGAACUUAUGCAACUUGUAGCAUUUAUAAUGUUAAAGGAGGGAAGACCUGAUGAAAUAUUCAGAUCUUCCAUCAAAAGUUGGAUGGUUGACAAACUUCCACUGGCAAUGAUUCCUGGCCACUUUGUUAUAAUGGAAUCAUUUCCUGUAUCUACUAGUGGAAAAGUUGACUAUGCUUUGUUAGCAGAUUCAGUAUUUCUAGCAAAACAUAUACAAGAUGAGCUUGGUCAUAUUGGGAGAAGCAAUCUACUGCAAGUAAUUAAAAAGGCCUUUAGUCGUGUUUUAAUGGCUGAAGAGGUUUCCGAUGAUGAUGAUUUCUUUAUGAUUGGUGGAAAUUCUAUUGCUGCUGCACAUCUUGCUAACAACAUAGGAGUUGAUAUGAGAUUGAUAUAUAGUUUUCCAACUCCAUCUAAGCUUUCUAUGGCUCUUCUAGAGAGAAAAGAACCAUUCAGUAUGAAAGUUAAAGUGGAUUCUGAAUCUGAGAUGAAUCAGGAAAGGGGAAAGAACAUGUUUCAUGUCCUCUAUGACACUCCUAGUGCUGUUAAUCUUGAACAGUUGAAAACUCUGCCUAGAAGGAAUGAAAAUGAAGCAGUUAUAUCUAAACGCUUGAAUGCAGAUUCAAGUAUAAAUGUUGCUUCAGGGAGUACUAGUCCAGCAGAUGGGUAUCCAUGGAAUUCUGUGCAAAAAUGUAUGACAUGUUCUUUCAGCAGGUGCAACAAAGUUGUGUAUGGGGGCAGUUCCAGGGUGAAUGAUGUUUAUCAAGCGGCUAGUUCUGCGGUUGUCCCAAAAAGUCGAAAAGUGCAUUUGGAAGAAUUGUGGAAAGUUGACAUGGGAUCCUGCAUUGACGCAUCACCACUUAUUGUUUGUAAAGGCCAGGAUAUCUACUUAUUUAUUGGAUCACACUCACAAAAGUUUGUGUGUGUUAAUGCCAGAAGUGGUUCCAUCCAGUGGGAGUUACAACUUGAAGGACGUGUAGAAUGUUCAGCAGCAAUUCUUGGUGACUUUACUCAGGUUGUAGUUGGAUGCUACAAAGGGAAGAUAUAUUUCCUGGAUUCUUUGAAUGGUAACAUAAGUUGGACUUUCCAAACGUCUGGUGAGGUAAAGUCACAGCCGGUUAUAGACAGUCAAAGACAAUUGAUUUGGUGUGGGUCAUAUGACCAUAACUUGUAUGCGCUAGAUUAUAAAAAUCAUUGCUGUGUUUAUCGGCUUCCAUGUGGUGGGAGUAUCUGUGGGUCUCCUGCAAUAGAUGAGAUGAAUAAUGUACUUUAUGUGGCUUCUACUGGAGGCCAAAUGACAGCCAUUUCAAUAACGACAUUCCCGUUUUCUAUUAUGUGGGUGCAUGAGUUAGAAGUGCCAGUAUUUGGGUCUCUUGCCAUCAAUUCUCUGAAUGGAAAUAUUAUAUGUUGCUUGGUGGAUGGGCAUGUUCUUGCAUUUAAUACAAGUGGAUCUAUUAUUUGGAGGUAUAGAACUGCUGGGCCUGUAUUUGCUGGAGCCUGCAUAUCUUCUGCUCUUCCCUUUCAGCUACUUGUCUGUUCCAGAGACGGAAACAUCUAUUCACUCGAACUCGAAUCGGGAGGUUUACUCUGGGAAUACAAUGUUAAGGAUCCAAUUACUUCAUCUGCCUAUGUCGAUGAGCACCUGAGCUUGGUGUCUGAUCAGUCUAACUUUCCCGACCGCAGGGUGGUUUGUGUAUGUUCCAGCUCCGGAAGCAUGGUUCUGAUUCAGGUUAAUUUGGAUGCCGCCGAAGGUGCAAGUCCAAUGAAUUUCAAUGUUGAGGAAUUUGCAAGGUUGGAACUCCCAGGAGAUGUAUUCUCUUCCCCUGUAAUGAUUGGUGGCAGAAUUUUCGUUGGUUGUAGGGAUGAUUAUGUGCACUGCAUUGCUGUUAAGCCCCAGGUCUCUACAGGAACAAUGAGUUGUUCUGUAUAGAUGAUUUUUGUUGUAAAUUAUAUUGCUUCUUGUUAUCAAUGUUUUAACAGUUGCAUGAGCAUCCUUAAUCGUUCUCGCACCCAAGGUGACAACUGGGUUGCAUUUGCUGAUUUAUAAAAAUGCAAAACCUUGUUUUUGGUCAA